GUUUAUGAUCUUUCAGAUUGCUCCAAUCUUAUUUCAAGGAUUUUCAAUCAUUCCAUACCUAACCCAAAUAUCCUAUAUUGGGAUGGAUGGUCUCUUCUUCUCAUACUACACUGACAAAAACCAAACUUUUGCAGUCUAUGCUAACUCUACCUUCACUGCCAAAUUCUAUCCUAAUCCAAGAAGAGAGUAUAGUUGGUUGACCCAAUCGGCAAACUCUACCACAGGAGAAUUAUACGGGAAUAUGACUGAGAUACUCCCACUGGUCACUAGCAACACGAGUUGGUUUCGAGAUGCCUUGAAUAGUAACCAGGGAUGUGCAUCCAUAGGGACAAAAUGGAGCUCAAAUCAUGAGCGUUUGUUCCUCAACACGGUUCGAGUUAAUGGAAGUAAUGGAGUUGUUUCCUUUGGAUUUUCGUUCAAAACAUUUAUCGAUCUCCUUUUCACGAGCAUCGAACGUCAAGGAGGGAGAUUGUACCUUGCAACUAAUGAAGGAGAAAUUCUUGUCCGAGGGUCUCAGGACAUUAAGAUGGUCCUUGCUAAUGGUUCAGCAACAUUUCAGUUUUUAAAUCCAAAUGGUGGUGAAAUUGCUCGACUCGGGAACAUCUCAUGCCGGGCUAGGAAAGAAGAUUCUGAUCCAAAGGAUUCUUUCUUUAAUCUUUUGGGUACAGACUAUAUCAUAUAUUGCUACCCACUUGAGAUAUUGGGUGUGCAAUUGGUCUAUUCAUUAGUAUUGCCUCAGAAAGAGUUAGCUAGCCUUGUCUACAAGAGUAGCAGAAUGGGACUAAUUCUUCUUAUACUAAUAAUGGCCAUCACAAUUAUCACUGUUUUGGUUUUUGUGUUCAUAGUCAUCAGAGCAACAAAAAGAGAAAUGCAUUUAUGUGCCAAGCUCAUUCAACAAAUGGAAGCAACUCAACAGGCAGAGAGGAAGAGUAUGAACAAGAGUGUUGCUUUCACUAGAGCGAGCCACGACAUUCGCGCUUCUUUGGCUGGGAUUAUUGGUUUGAUUGAGAUAUGCCACAAUGAAUCUACCCCAGGUUCAGAGUUAGACAUAAGCCUAAAACAGAUGGAUGGUUGUACAAAAGAUCUUCUAGGCAUAUUGAACUCUAUUCUGGAUACAAGCAAGAUCGAAGCAGGGAAAAUACAACUCGAGGAAGAAGAGUUUCAUUUGGGUCAACUUCUAGAGGAUGUGGUAGAUUUGUAUCAUCCAGUGGGUGUGAAGAAAGGAAUAGACGUAGUGUUAGAUCCUUAUGAUGGCUCAAUUAUCAAGUUUUCACAAGUUAAAGGUGACAGAGGAAAGCUUAAACAAAUUUUGUGCAAUUUACUGAGCAAUGCUGUUAAAUUCACUUCUGAAGGGCAAGUAACUGUUCGAGCUUGGGUAAAAAAUUUACCUACUAUGCAGAACAAUAUGAUUUCUUCGAAUCACAAUGAUGAAAUAUUGAAGCAUUUCUCAUUCCUAGUAUGCAACACAAACACGUUUCAAGAACAACAAGCCAUGGAUAAUGGAGUUAAUUUGAAUCCUGCCUGUAUGGAAUUUACAUUUGAAAUAGAUGACACAGGGAAAGGCAUUCCGAAAGAGAAGCGUAAAUUAGUUUUCGAGAACUAUGUUCAAGUAAAAGAAACAGCUUUUGGACAAGGAGGAACUGGCUUGGGACUUGGCAUUGUUCAAUCUCUGGUACGCUUGAUGGGAGGAGAUAUAGCAAUUUUAGACAAAGAGAUUGGAGAAAAAGGAACAUGUUUUAGGUUCAGUGUUCUUCUUAUUGUCUUAGAGGACAAUGUUCACACUGGUGAUGACACACGUCAACCAUCGCCUACCUCAAGACUUACUUUUUGGGCCCCUAGUACAAGUCUCCAUUCCCCAAGAGCAAUCCGAACCACCAGUUCAAAAACUGAAACAUCUCGUGUCAUUCUCUUAAUUCAAAAUGAUCAACGAAGACUGAUAUGCAAGAAAUUCCUGGAAAGUCUUGGUGUAAAAGUAUUGGCAAUGAAAGAAUGGGAGCAACUCCUGACCACUCUACAGAAAAUAUUGGAUAAACAGAGCCAUUCUAAGCAUAACUCAAGAGGAAGGUCAGGUAAUAGUUCACCAAGUGACUGCCUAAGCAAAUCAACAUCCGAUGACUCUGGAAAUGGGUUGAACAUGCAUGUUUCUUCGGGUGCAAGGAAAGAUGAGACAAAUUACUUUCUUUCUGUUUUCAAAAAGACUAAUCUCAGAGGUGGAAAUAGCUUCAUCUUGAUUGUAAUUGAUGCCAGUGCAGGACCAUUCAAGGAAAUAUGUAAUAUGGUAGCUAAUUUUCGAAGGGGGCUUCAAGGCGCCUAUUGUAAGGUUGUUUGGUUACUAGAGAAGCAAAUGUCACGCAUUAGCAAUGACAAGGGGAUAGACUCAAACAUUGACAAGUUGAACGAUGUUUUUAUAUCUAGACCUUUUCAUGGUUCUCGUUUGUAUGAAGUGAUAAGAUUGCUUCCAGAGUUUGGAGGCACAUUAGAAACCGGGGAAAGUAGUACAUCAUAUUGGAGUGGGAAUGUUUCUAAAGAUCCAAGUUCAUCGGCGUAUCAAUGUCAAAGUAAGUGCAAGGAAGGAAAUUCACCAAUUUUUAGAGGCCACAUUGAAACGAGAGUACAAAAAGAAACAACCUCAAGAAGUUGGACCUCCCCAAAGAAUUUGUCCAUGAAUCAAAUUCAUUCAUGUAUAGGAUCAAAGACUCGAAGUUCACCCAUUGUUGAACAAAAAAGUUUACACCAAGAAAUUAGAGAAGAGAAAUAUAAACACUCGAGUGGCGAAAAACCUCUAUGUGGCAAAAAAGUCUUGGUUGCUGAGGACAAUUUAGUGUUGCAAAAACUAGCUAGAUUGAACCUCGAAAGACUUGGCGCAACUACAGAGAUAUGUGAAAAUGGAAAGGAAGCUUUAGAGCUUGUUUGCAAUGGCUUAGGCAAUCAACGGAAAUAUGGUGCUUCAAAUACUCUUCCUUACGAUUACAUCCUAAUGGACUGUGAGAUGCCAAUAAUGGAUGGAUAUGAAGCAACAAGAGAGAUAAGGAAGGUAGAGAGAUAUUACAACACACACAUUCCAAUCAUUGCACUAACAGCCCAUACAACAGGAGAAGAAGCAGGAAAAACAAUUGAAGCUGGAAUGGAUGUGCAUUUAGGCAAACCACUCAGAAAAGAGAAGCUACUAGAAGCCAUUACAUGUAUUCAUAGCAAAUAAUGUUUUACUUUCUUUAUGCAGAUUAAAACAAAAUUUCAGCCAUUCAUAUGAUACAAUGUAGUAUAUGUUCAACUCUAUCAUCUCAAGGGCAUUUCCUUCUUUCCAAUCCAA